AUACUUAUUUGCUCACCUAAGUGCAAGACGAUGUGAACCCUGCAGUAUCAUUUGGCAGACAGCUUAAAUCUGUAUGGGUUUGUUACGUAGCAUGCCUGUAAAUAAAAUAAAUAUGACGAAGAGCUUACUUUUGUCUCGACUUUACUCUUUAUAGAUGUUUACCUGAAUCAAAAUAAAUUCAAACACAAUACAAAUGAUAGUCGAGUUUUGAUAAUGUCUGAAUAAAAACGCGAUAACGAAAACCGCUUACUUAUGAUAAAAAUUGAUAAGAAGGUUUAGUUUUACCCAUCUAAUUCAUCUGUUAUCGCAUGUGCGUCUGAUUGUCUCGUGUAAUGACUGAAGCUGUGACAAAAUUUUGAUGUUGGUUAUUUUGAUUAAGUACAUACUAUGACGCACUACAUAAAUUUCAGUAGGUAGAUCUUGAUCUUGUACGUUUUUAAUAAAGUUAUUGAUGUUAAAAACUUAGAUUAAAAAUAUACUUUAACAAAUGCGUCUUUAAAUAUUUAUUAAAAAUACGUUAUAAUGAAAUCAAAACUAACUGAAGAGUGGUUUAUUACAACGAAAUGGGGAAAAAUUGCGAUCAUCUGUUGGGGAGACAGACACAAACCAGGAGUGCUCCUUCUCCAUGGCUAUUUGGACUCCGCGGCGGUCUUCGAGCCUUUGGUGUCGCUACUUCCUGAUACAUAUCACUAUGUCUGCUUUGAUAUCCCUGGGCACGGAAAAUCGGAUCAUUUGUCGACUACCCUGCUAGUCCAACAAGCUUUCGUGGUAGAAAUAAUAAAGGAGGUAGUCAACCAUUUGCAAUGGAACAACUUCGCUUGCGUGGCACACUCCAUGGGGUGUUUAAUAGCAUCAUUGUACCACCAUCUCUACCCAGGGAAAAUCAAGAAAAUAGUAAAAAUCGACCCACUCUUGGCCUUGACAGCUUAUUAUUAUUUAAAUGAAGCACACGGUACCUGGUUUAAACGGCGUUUCAAAUAUUAUUACGACCACUAUCAACUAUUCAACGGGGCCCCUCCAAAGCUGUCUAAACUUGACCAACUCAUAGAAUCCACGAUGGUCGCACGUCAUUUGACUCGCGAGCAAGCGGACAUUGUGCUGUCGCGGUCCAUAGUGACAGCUGAAAAUGGUCUCGUCAGAACAUCGACUCAACCCAUUAUGCGUUUGAUGCUCAGCGUGCCAGCUUUCAAAGACUCCUUAGUGUACAUCCUGCGACACAACGCUCCUCCCACGCUUAACAUCCACGGGGUCAAAACCAAAAUACCCAAGAAAGAGAAAGAGUACAUCCAGAAACUCUUUGUGUAUGAUGGUCCCGAAAUAUUUCAUGUGUUUAUUGAUGCUCAUCACGAUUUACAUGUGACUCAUCCUAGAGAUUUAGUGCCGCAUAUAGUGGAGUUUUUGGACAGGAAACAUUUUAGAGCAAAAUUAUGAUUUACUUUAAAUUGGUAUGAGUAGGUAUACCCAGAUCUCUUUACAGGGAAACCUAACUCUGGAUAUGUGGUGGCUGGUCAACUUAUUUAUGCUUAUGCGUUGUCUACCAGUUCACCUUUGGGAUAAAAAUAAUACUGAUUUUAAACUUUGGCGUUGCAUUAUAUCCUACAAUUUAUAAAUACUCUAGUAACAUGAUUCUACGUCCGAGGUAAAGGCACGUUACGUGCGCGUUCAAAACCUGUAGUAUUUGUAAAUGGGAAUAAUACCUAACACUAAUCUAGAAACUGAAAAAGACAGAAGGUGGGACAUAUUCCUUGUUAACGAAAUACCUAUUUGACGUUAAAUUUGACGAAAUAUUCGUAUUGGAA